UGGAUGCAAGUCCUGUCGGACUUGGUGCAGUAUUAGCCCAAACACAAGAAAAUGGGAAAGAUCGCUGCAUAGCGUAUGCUAGUCGUUCCCUAACGCCUGUGGAAGCUCGCUACUCGCAGACCGAAAAAGAAGCAUUGGCUGCAGUGUGGGGUUGUGAACGUUUUCAUCUUUACCUUGUUGGAACACAAUUUGACCUCAUCACUGACCACAACCCAUUGGAAGUCAUUUACAGCCCAAAGUCCAAACCGCCACUCCGGAUAGAACGUUGGUUACUACGAUUGCAACAAUACAAGUUUAAUAUCAAGUAUCGACCAGGUAGCAGCAACCCAGCUGACGUGUUGUCUCGACAACCUUUAUUCACCAACUACAAGUCAAGUACCAUAGCGGAGAAAUAUGUCAAUUUCAUCCAAAGUCACUCGGUUCCUAAAUCUCUCACGCUCGAUGAGAUUCGUAUCGCAACGUUAAAUGAUCCUGAACUGCAGAGAGUAACUAGCGCAGUAAAGGAAGAUCGAUGGAACAAAACAGAUAGUUGUUUAAGCCCAUAUCGUAAUCAGCACGAACAGUUGACAGUUUCGGAGUUAUACUACGAAAUUCACAAAUCGUUAUCCCAAAGAGUCUCCGUAGUCGUGUCCUUUCUAUCGCUCAUGAAGGACAUCAAGGGAUAGUUAAAACUAAAAUGCUUGUACGCAGUAAAGUAUGGUGGCCUGGUAUUGACAAGCAAGUGGAGCAAAUGGUUAAAGAAUGUGUACCCUGCCAAGCAGCAGUACACCAGUCACCAAAAUGUCAACCACCCCUGAAUAUGACAAAGUUACCUCCACAUCCUUGGCACACACUUAAUGCAGAUUUCUGUGGUCCAAUCCUAAAUGGCGAGAAAUUGUUGGUCGUGAUUGACGCCUAUUCCAGAUAUCCAGAAGUUGAAGUGAUGCAAAGCACGACAACCACGGUUGUGAUCUCCAAACUCCAAAGAAUCUUUGCCCGACAUGGAUAUCCCGAAGAAUUGAUAAUCGAUAACGGACCCCCGUUCAAUGCGGUUGAGUUCACCGAAUACCUAGCUGCACAUGGAGUCCAUCACCGCCGAAUCACACCUUAUUGGCCUCAAGCCAACGGUGAGGCAGAGCGAUUCAUGAAAACAGUAACAAAAGCAAUCCGUACUGCUCAUUCGGAAGGAAAAAGAUGGCAAAGUGAAUUAGAUCUUUUUCUUCUCAACUACAGAUCCACACCUCAUUCUACGACACACAUUAGUCCAGCUGAACUUUUGUUCAAUCGCUCAAUUAGAAAUAAGCUUCCUAGUUUCUCAUCCCUACAACACAAUGAUGGCCCUGUGGAACACCACGUUGUUCGAGAUAAGGAGGAAAAGGAGAAAAUGAAAGUCCAUGCUGAUAGAAGAAACAACGCGAAAGAAAGUCAGUUGAAAGUUGGUGAUUACGUGCUAAUGCAAGUUCCGAAGGACAAUAAGUUAUCAAUGCCUUUCAAUCCAAAACCAUUUAAAGUGAUUGAAAUCAAAGGCAACAUGGUAACAGCUCGUAAUACAGAGCGCACCGUAACCCGGAAUGUAUCGUGUUUCAAAUGUCUCACAAAUUACAAGAACGCAAGUGAGGAAGACCAGAAUGAUGAAGAAGACGAUUUUGACGACGGCAUAGUAGAAAACCAGCAACCAACAAUAGUUGAAGAGCAACAACAAGAUCUACCAGAUCUACAACAAAGGUAUUGUCUUAGACAAAAUCGAAGACCACCGGACUUUUAUAGAAGUUAGACAUGUUAAAACUAGUUAAAUAAUUACUGGUAAAGCAGACACGUAGACUUUAUAAGGUAAUAUUCAAUAAACAGCAAUUAACAUUAAUGAGUUAUUUUAAAGAAAAGGAGGGAUGUAAUGUAGUCACGUCAUGUCACGUGAUGUAAUAUAUAUUUAGGUAUCAGAAAGAGACCACGUGUAAGGAAAUAGGGUUUUGA